GUUGAAUUUGCAAUGUAAAUAUUCGUCUGCUGAACGAAAAAAAAAAAACAAAUUAUUUAACUCAGGUAAUGGAGCAUACUCUAUACAAGUUCAAAUUACCUUAAAUCUGACUGAUUCAGGAUGUAUGUUGUUGUUUAGCUACUCAUAUAUGUAUCAUGUGGAGGGACUUUCUAACUCCAACCAUUUCGCAAAGAGGGUUAUAGUCUUAUAGAUACAAUAUGGCUAUGGUCAUUUAUUGAAAUCGUUGGGACUUGUUUAAUAAAAUGGGUCUGAAUAUAGCUGAAUAUAUAUGUAUGAUAUGUAGUUGUUGAUUCAUAUGUGGAUGUGCAUUGUGUUAUUGAGCUAUUGCAUCAUUUUGUUUAUAAUGUAUAUGUUUGGAGGCUAAAGGUGUACCUGUGGUGUACAUUAGAGCGAUAAAGGACAUGUAUGAUGGAGUCAAGACUAGGGUAAGGACAGUAGGAGGAGACUCGGAGCACUUCCCUGUUCUGAUGGGGUUGCAUCAGGGAUCAGCUCUUAGCCCGUUUUUGUUUGCCUUGGUGAUGGAUGGAUUGACGCGACAAAUACAAGGUGAGGUGCCUUGGUGUAUGUUAUUCGCGGAUGGCCUAGUCUUGAUUGACGAGACUCGCAUCGGAGUUAGGGUUGGAGAUAGACGUUGGAGUCUAAAGGAUUUAAGUUGAGUAGGACCAAGACAGAGUACUUGGAGUGCAGGUUCAAUGGUGUACCACAUGAGGCUGACGAGAAAGUAAGGUUUGGUACCCAGGCCAUCCAAAAAAAAGGAAGUUUUAAGUAUCUUGAGUUUAUUAUACAGGGAGAUGGGGAUAUCGACGAUGAUGUUUCAUAUCGUAUUGGUGCAGAGUGGAUGAAAUGGAGGCUCACUUCCGGAGUGCUGUGUGACAAGAAAGUGCCGCCAAAACUUAAAGGCAAGUUCUACAAAGUGGUGGUUAGACCGACUUUGUUGUACGGGGCGGAGUGUUGGCCAGUCAAGAACUCUCAUGUUCAGAAGAUGAAAGUCGCGGAAAUGCGAAUGCUGCGGUGGAUGUGUGGGCACACUAGGAAGUAUAUGAUUAGGAAUGAAGAUAUCCGGGAUAAGGUGGGAGUGGCGUCGGUGGAGGACAAGAUGCAGAAAGCGAGGCUGAGAUGGUUUGGGCAUGUGAAGAGGAGAGACACAGAUGUCUCAGUGUGGAGGUGUGAGAGGUUGGCUAUGGACGGUUUCAGGAGAGGUAGAGGUAGGCCAAAGAAGUAUUGGGGAGAGGUGAUUAGACAAGACAUGGCGCAGUUUCAGCUUACCGAGGACAUGAUCUUAGAUAGGAGGUUGUGGAGGACUCAGAUUAUGAUAGAAGGCUAGGAGGAACUCAAGAACUUGAGGCCGCAACUUUAUUCUGCUGCAGAAUAUUGUGAGAAGUCUUAUCUUCAAAACGAGCAGAAACAAAUGGUUCUUGAUAACCUGAAAGACUAUGCUGUAAGAGCUCUUGUCAAUGCUGUCGACCACCUGGGAACUGUUGCUUAUAAGUUAACCGACUUGCUUGAGCAACAAACACUGGAUGUCACAACCAUGGAGCUAAAGGUCACGUGUCUUGAUCAGCGACUUCUGACAUGCAAAACAUACACUGAGAAAGAAGGCCUCAGGCAGCAACAGCUGUUAGCUGUCAUCCCAAGGCAUCACAAGCAUUAUAUUUUGCCAAAUUCUGCUGGAAAGAAGGUGCACUUCAGCCCUCAAGUUAAGAUGGACUCGAGGCAACAUUUACAAGCAAGACCCCGCCUUUAUCCUUCAGGUACGCCUGCUGCGAAAACUCUCUCUUGGCAUCUGGCAACAGAAACCAAAUCGACAUUGAAAGGGACUUCACGUACUUUUAUGAGUCCUGAGGAAGCAAAAGGUUCUGAAAAAGCAUCAGCCGCAUUCAACUUGUUAGAUGAAGAGAAUACCCGGAAGAAAACAUAUGCAGCUCGUCCUCAGUCACCCAACGUUCGUCCUGCAUCAAGCCUAGCGAUGCAAACUUUGGGGGUCACGCGGCAGGGUACCCUGGAGGGCAGCAAACCUCUAACACCAUACAGAUCAUUUGAUAAUCCAAGACGGGAGAUUAUCCGUGCACCUAAUCGCAGCAGGAGUAUGCUCUCGGCUUUCUUUGUCAAGCAUAAGACAUCUAAGUUGAAGACCAGUGCUGUCUCGUAAUCUACAGUAAAAUCAGAGCAAGAGGUGCCAUCCAUCUAACUUUCCAUCUGUAAAAGAGAAGUUGUACUAGGCCAUCACCUGGAGAACACCUACUUUUAAGAUCAUUCACAAGUUUCCCACGAUCAUAGGCAAUUUGUUUCGUUUGAGAAUCAAUAAAGAGCAGUGUGUAUAUUUGUAAGGUAAAGAUGUUAAUAUCUGUCUUCUUGUAGAAGAAAUUGUUGGAAAAAUAAUUCUCUAA